AUGAAGAGGAUGAAAACUAUCAUUGUGAUGACUAUUAACCAUAUGAUACUUGCAACAAUAUUAAUCUGUAAGUUAACUCUAUGGUAUGCUCCUCUGGUUUAAAUUGAUGCUUGUUAUUAUAAUAAAUAAACUCAAAGUUGUGAAUCUCCUAAAGAAACUUUGGAUGGUUGUGAUAUUGAGGGUUUAAAUUACAUAGCAUGUUCUGAAAUAAAAGGAUGUUAUUUUGAAAAUCAUAAAUGCUAAACACUUAAUGAAGAAACAUAUAGUUGCCUUUAAUAUCCUAAAGCUCAUUAAGAUAUUUGUAAAAAUGCUUAUGAUUUAUGUAAAUAUAGUCCUUUAAAUUAUGGUUGCGUACCUGCUUAAUCCAAUGAAAUAUGCAAAAGAGAAGGUUUAAGUUAAUCCGGUUGUGUCAAAUCAUAAAAUUAGUGCUUUUGGAAUAAAAAUAAUUGUGAAUGCUUGAGCAUUUAAAAUGUUUUUCCAUUUUGUGAUUAAAUAUUUGACUCUCAAAAAUGUAAUAAAUUUAAACAUUGCUAAUAUGACUAUAUGAAAACAAAUAAUAAUGAAGUUAAUUAAUAAAUUGAAAAUUAAAAUUUAGGGACUUGUCGACGAAAGCUUUGCUCAGAACUUACAAAAGGGUAAUGUUAAAAGUUUUAAAUAUUGGAUGAUUAUUGCUAUUUAAACAAUUAAAAUAAAUGUUAGAAGGCAAAUUCAUGCGAGGAAGUUAAAAAUGCAAGCGAAAUGUGCUCAAAUUUAGUCAUUAAUGGUAUUCCUUGUACAGAACAUUCAGAUAAUAUUACUUGUAAGAAAUUAGAGUGUUCAAAAUUGGAUUAUAAAUAGUGUAAAUUAUUUUUUCUUUAUUGCACUUUUACUGACCUUUGUAAACCCAUAUUAUGUUAAGAAUUGGAAUCUGAAGACUCAUGUAGAUUUCAUAAUUGCCAAUGGAACUACAAUCAAAGUAAAUGCAGUAAUAAUUAGCCAUGCGAGAGUUAUUCUACAUCAGAUUUGUGCAAUUAAAAUUCCUAUAAUAAUGUUAAAUGCAUCUGGAAAAUUGAUAAUGAAGAGAGAUUUUGUACUGCUAAAGGAUGUAGAGAGUUAGUUAAAUUAUAGGAAUGUAGAAAUACGUUUAUACAAAAAAAUAUAUGUGUCCGCCUUCAAGAUGACACAUGUUUAUAAUGUGAAGAAAUUAAAGAUUCAUGUUUAUGCAUUGAUCAAGAGUAUUGCAGUUUCAACUAUAUUUUGCGAUAAUGCUAAUCUAUAAAUUGCAUUAAGUUAAAUAAUGAAAAAAAAUGUUAACAAUAUCAUUUUUGUUAAUACAAUUCCUCAAAUAAGACUUGUCACUUUAAUUGCGCUAAUUAUGAUAAUAACCUUGAUUGUAGUAAUGAUUCUUCCAACUGUAAGUGGAAUAAUGAAUAAAAUAGUUGUACAUUAAUAAAAGUAGUUAUCGAUCCGUCUCCACCAGUAAAUAAUUUUGAUUGGAAACUUUGUACUUGUGUUUGUAUUCUUUUUUGGAUACUAAUUUGA